AUGUCUGCAAAUAUUGACAACAUCGACUUAAACUCCGUCGUCCUCUCCGGUGAACCAGAAAACGAUGUUAAUAAUGCAUCUGAAGUAAAGAAGGAGUCGGGUUUAACUUCUGAUGCUGAAACCCUAAUGGACUCUGUUGAGAAUGAUCAGGGUCAGAACCAGGAGCCUGUUGUAGAUGAAGUUGAGGACUUUAAAGUGGAUGAUGAGUUGAAGGAGGUUGCUGUUGGUGGGUUAGUCAGAGAGGGAAAGAUGGAUUCUGUUGAUAAAAUUGUUGAUUUGGAAGGUGGAAAUGUGGCUGGAAGUGGUGUUGAUGAUGCCUCUGCGCGAGAAGUAGCGGAAACAACUGAAAUACACUCAAGUAAAGUCGAGGGAGAAGAAAAUGGUUCAUGUAAAAUCGAGGAGGAAGCAAAGGAAGGGGAUUGUGGGGUAGCGAGUUCUAGAUCAGUUGGUGGGGAUGCAAUCCAAGUUAAAAAUGCGAAUGACUUGUUGCCUCAUAAAGAACCCGGAAUUGUUUCACCGAAGGUUAGUUCUGAAGGGGUUGAGAAUCAGGCCAUGGAAAUCGAUGAUGAACAAGCUAAGAACUCUGAGGUUGAAAAUGAGGUCGCUGCUGCUUUUGAUGAAGGGGUUUUGUUGGAAAAGGAGAACCUCGAGUCUAAUGAGUUAAAUCUUGAUGUGGAUUUGGAGCCAUCUGUGGGUGCAGAUGGGAAUGCAACAUGUGAGGUGAGCGCCAAAAUGGUCGAAGCAGGAUUGAGUGUUGGUGAUCUGGUGUGGGCUAAAGUGAGGAGCCAUCCCUGGUGGCCUGGGCAGGUAUUUGGUCGUACUGAUGCAUCAAAGAAGGCUAAGAAGUAUUUUAAAAAGGAUAGCUAUUUAAUAGCAUACUUUUGGGAUCAAACUUUUGCUUGGAAUGAAGUGUCAAAGAUAAAGCCCUUCCGAUCCAACUUCUCUCUAAUGGAGAAACAGAGCAAUUUAGUGGAUUUUCAUGAUGCUGUUCAUUGUGCUUUGGAUGAGGUUUCUAGACGGGUAGAGUUUGGGCUAGCUUGUCCUUGCAUGCCUGAGUAUAGCAAGAUAAAAACUCAGAUAAUUGUCAAUCCUGGAAUCCGGGAAGAAUCUUGUAGAAGGGAUGGUGGGGAUAGUUUCUCAAGUGCUGCUUGUUUUGAACCCACAAAACUUAUUGAGUAUGCCAAAGACUUAGGCCAAUUGCCAUUAGGUGGAAUUGACUUGCUGGAAUUUGUAACGGCACAAUCUCAAUUGUUGGCAUUCAAUCGUUGGAAGGGUCAUUCUCACCUGCCUGAAUUCCAAAUCCUUGGGGAAUUGCUAGAGGGUGAUGCAGAGAUUCCACUAUCCGCAGAAGUUAAACUCAGCAGGGAAAUGGUUGAAAGUACAGCAACCAAGGUUAAAGAUGAUCGGUCUGUGUCCACGGGAAAGGAGAAACCAAAAAGUGAAGAUCACUCUUUGCGUAAGCGUAAGCACAUAUCUGGGGAUAACGAACAUCCAAGCAAGAAAGAAAAAAGUUUGGCUGACCUUAUUGCUGAAAGGCGUUCGAUGGCUGUUAAAGGUAAAGGUGGUUUGGAUGGUGAAGCUACAGACAAGAUGACAACACCAUCUUCCUCUAAGAAAAGGAAGGCUGUCAAUUCUGUUUCUGAUGACUCGAUGGUGAAACAAAGCAAAAGUCCUUCCUCAUCAGGGGUUGAUAAUGGUUCCUCACAGCCUAAGAAAACGUAUAGAGUUGGAGAUAGCAUCCUUAGGGUUGCAAGCCAACUGAAUGGAUCGACUCCUAUACUCAAAUCUGUUAAUGGAACUUCUAAAAAUGCCGCAGUGAAGACCAAGAGCCAGGAGAAGUCUGCCUCUGGAAAAUGUAAAGCUUCACCUGAUGAGUUGGUGUCGCAGCUUUGCUUGGUUGCCAGAGAUCCUGCGAAGGGAUACAACUUCCUGAAAUCUGUAGUCAGUUUCUUUGUGGAAUUCAGGAAUUCAGUUUGCAUUGAUCAACUCAAUUCUGAGCAGCAUAUACAGUCCUCCCUGGAACAUAUUUCUGGUGAUGAUAUUGGAAAAUUAUCAACCGAAGUAGAAACUGAAACAUCGAAUUCAGAGCAUAUGAAAGAUUCUUAUUGGACUGACAAGACAAUUCAAAGCAACCCUGAAGAUCAAUCAUCACUAGAGAAUAAGAAUGAAGCAGGAGAAAUUCCAGUGGAGACUCCAACCAAAGAGGGCACUCACACUUUUGGAAAACAACCAGCUGUUCAGUUUGGUCCCGAUUUGGAUUGUGAACAACAAAUUGCUGAUGGAAUUCUUGAUUUGGGAGCAGGCAAGCCCGUAGAUCGCUUGGAAGGGAAGUGUAAUGAUGGUUCCUCCCCAUGUCCAACAGCUUUGAUUCUAAACUUCACUGACUUGGAUGCAGUUCCUUCGGAAACAAAUUUGAACAGGAUAUUCAGCCAUUUUGGACCUUUAAAGGAAUCGGAGACUCAGGUGCUGAAGAAGAGCAAGCGUGCUAAAGUGGUUUUCCGCACAAGCUCUGAUGCAGAAACAGCCUUCAGCAGUGCUGGAAAAUACAGCAUAUUUGGACCUUCACUUGUCAGCUACCGCCUAAAGUAUAUUACUUCCAGGAAGAGUAAACCUUCUCCUCCUAAUGCAACAAAGCACAAUAAAAAAGAUGCAUCGCCUAUGGAGGGAGUAGUAAUCGAUGCCUCAAACUCCGAUGAAGCAGAUUCGAAGUAA